AUGGUGUCACCGGCAUCAUCGUCUUCCGGCCAGGCAACUGCUAGUCAAACACCUUCUGUCACUAUUCCCUUCAGCUCAAGUACUUCGGUUGCCUCAUUGCACAGCUUUCCAGGGAGCUCUGUUUCCUGCUCCCUGUCGGUCGGCCAGAGUCUCGGUCAGCUCCACUUGUCCAUAUCGAGUGGACUGACAGCAUCCUCCAGCGUCGCGGGUACCGGGCUCGUCUGGUCCUCGUCUGCCGCAGGCGUGAACUCAGUCCUAUUGACAACCGACUCACUACCACUCGGCUCCAGUGUCGGUAAUUCUGCGCCUGCUCCGGCUACCGUUGGUACCGGCAGCAAAGCGGCCCCGAAACGGAAGCGUACUAGUGGCGGCGGUAGAAGAGGAGCUGCAGCCGCGGCGGCUACAGCUGCAGCAGUAGCCGCUGCUGUAGCUGCAUCUACUGGUCCCAGUGGCAAUUUUGGAUUGGGCCAGAAUGUAGUGUCCGGUAGCCAGUCUCGAAUAGGCAACUUUUUGGGGAAUUCGGGACAAUAUACAAUCGGUUCCACUGGUGGAGGGAAGGCAAACAGAGGUGGAGGAUGUGCAAACAGUGGAGGUGGAGGCCUCCUGGUCUCAUCAGUAACUGGCGCAACUGUUGCUAAUCCAAUCGAUCUAUACACCUUCAGUUCAUCGGAGCCUGGCAUGCCCGUAUCUCCUCUUCCACUUCCUUCCUCUGCAGGAGGCUCAGGUCUCCCCGGUCGACAUGGCAAUUGGCUACAGCAACCGCAACAGUUGAUGGGAAAUGGCAACCAGCAGCCGGGAUUUUCUGGGCCUGGACGUCCUGGCGGUAAUUCUGGUCAGCGCGAGUUCUUGUCUGGUUUCCUGAAGAAUCGCCAGCACCAGCAACUACUUCAGCAGCAGCAACAACAACAACAGCAUAAUACGGGUCUGGUCUCUGUUUCCUGUUCAUCUGGUUCCCAGGGACACUACAUGAGUUCUGCCCCCGGGCAUUCGGGACUUGGUUCUAGUGGAUAUGCCGACAACAUGUCUAGACUGCCCUGUCCAUCUCGCCUUGCUUCCUUUGAUCCGACUGGAAUUGACGACUCAGCCAGCGCAGGAUUCUUCCCCCCUGUUCUACAACCCCAGCAAUCUCGUGCAUCACCCAUCUCUGGAAUGGGUCUUACCUGGUCAAAUCCUGUGGGCACUGGUGGUGCUGGUGGAGGCGGCGGUCCCGGAAUUUCUGCCACAAAUCUUGGUGGUGUACUUAACAGUGGCAGUUCACUCGAAAUGUCUAUUCUUCCUGGGCCAAGCUUCUCCGACACAGGGAUAAUUUCAUCUUCUUCUAUCUCUACAAUCACGACCAGUGCACUCACGGCUGGUGGUGGUCUGACCUCUGUGGCUGGGCGGACCGACCACCACCAUAUGCCUGGAGCCAUGCUGUUGAAUCCAAUGCAUCAAAUGCACCCGAUGCAUCCGAUGCAACAACAGCAUCCGCAGCAGCAUAUGAUCGCCGUUGGACAGCCCGGAUCGCGACAGAUACUCUAUAGUACCGGAAAUACUAGCGCAGUCGGGAUUCCGGGGCCUGGUUCCGGAAUGCGUGCCACGCACUAUGGCCCCGGAAAACCAAUGUAUACAGCGCAACACGGCCUCGGUCAGUCGGGUCCCGUACCAAACCCUCCUCCAUAUUCAACUUCUACCUCCACUUCCGCUUCCACACCUACUGGACAUCUUCAGACUUCAGGCCAUGCUCAUCUCUCGCAUAUACACGCCCAACAGGCAGUUGUGUCUCGGGGUGGUGUGUUUUCUCAAUCGCAAGGAGAGGAGAUGCUUGCCGUUGGUGGCGGGGGAAGCAAUGCUUUCGCAGUUGCUGGGGAUUCAGACAUGAAUAUUGGCCCUGGGAAUGUGAUUGCUUCUGGCCAGAUGCUCGGCCAGCCGCCUCAGAUCUCGGUUGUGCAGUCGACGCCGGUCUAUCUCAUGCAUCGUCACCAGCAGCAGCAGCAACAACAGCAACAACAACAACAGCCGCCCCAUCAGAAGGGAAACCAACAGGUUUCUUCCAGAGGGGUUGCUGGUCAAGGUGGAAAUCCUACACCCGGACACAUGCCGUAUCCGCGCUAUACCGGCUACUGA